GAAGAAUUUUUCCUACAUCUUCUUAAUAUAAAUCUUGAUUGGUUCAAUCCCCGUUUAAAACUUGCCAACCAACGAAAGUUACAAACGAAAGAUAGUCAUCACCAUACUACAUACCAUCAUCAUCAUCAUCAUCAUCAUCGUUGUAUUUUCGUUUUCUUUGGUAGGAGUUGAGAACGUAGUUACUCGAAUCUUAAGUUCGUUAACGACUCGGUAGUGCAACACUCAGUCAGUCAGUCAGUCAGUCUUGAGUCGGAAUCAGAAGAGUAACUUAUAAGUUUCUGUAACCAUAUCAACGUGAAUCAUUUUGUUUGUUGCUUUGACUCGCGAACGGAUACGACUUUCUCGUAUCCGAUCUUUCAUGUGCGAGUGAAUGAGUGUUAACAAUAUAUUUUUUCCCAUAAAAUUGUUUAUUUUAAUCAAAUCAUACAAAUUAUUAUUUACUAUGGUCACCGAACUUACAAAUCUUUGAAUAUACUUUGUUUAUUUUUUUUCUUUUUCUUUUGACAAUAAUCUUGUUCAACGAAUAUAUGUAUUUUGAUAGCAAGCAUAAAGUAUCAAGUGCCUUUUAUUUUAGGUCAGUGAUUUUGAUUUAAAAUAGUCAUUUAAUCAAACUCGACCCAUUAACUUACUUUGCAUAGAUUAUUUGUUUUAAACUGUUCAUAAUAAUAUAUUUAACAUUUACAACGAGUCGUGAUCACAGUAUUAUCGUCGAUAAAUAUUUAACGAUCGUCAAAUAAAGAGAGAAUUUGCUUGACCGCAACUUUGUUCUAUUGUAUAGCAGUUGCAACUUCUAAAUAUAACAAGAAUUAUUAAUAGAAUUUAAAGAUGUUCGAGAAUAGUUCUGAGAACGGACACUUUCAUUGGGUUGAUUGGCUGGUUUUUGCUGCUAUGCUGACUAUAUCUGCAGCCGCUGGACUUUGGCAUUAUAAGAGUGCUCAGAAAUCGAGCGUAGAAAAUUAUUUGCUCGGUGGAAGGAAACUUAGUCUUUGGCCGGUAUCUGCAUCUUUAAUUGCCAGUUUUAUAUCUGGCGUAACUAUUGUCGGAGCACCUGCAGAAAUUUACAAUUUCGGUACACAAUAUUGGAUUACCGUAAUAUCAUUGUUUUUUUCCGGAGUUGUCAUUGCAUCCGUUUAUUUGCCUGUUUUCGUAACGUUAAAAUUGAAUUCGGCUUACGAGUAUUUAGAGAUAAGAUUUAACAAGGGAGUUAGAAUUUUAAUAUCACUAAUAUUCGUAUUGGACGCAGUUCUCUAUCAAUCGAUAGUAGUCUAUGUACCUGCAUUGGCAUUAAAUCAAGUAAGUGAUAUCAAUACGUACAUCAUCAGUGCUAUCAUAUGCGGAGUAUGCGUCUUUUACACAGUCCUCGGUGGCUUGAAGGCAGUAGUUUGGACCGAUAUGCUUCAAGUAAUAAUAAUGAUUCUAGCUGUAUUCAUCGUUACGGUCAUAGGCACUUACCAAGUUGGUGGUCCAUCCGAAGUAUGGCAAAAGGCACGAGAAGCUAAUAGAAUAGAAUUUUUUAACUUUGAUUCUUCUCUAUACACGAGACAUACCGUUUGGAGUGUUCUAAUUGGUUCUUGGCUGUUUUCAACGGGAUACAUAGCUGUGAAUCAAACGAUGGUUCAACGGUAUACAUCAUUGAAAACUAUCAAGGCAUCUAAAUUAGCUAUAGGAAUAUCUAUUACGGGAAUAAUUAUUUUUAUAUCGCUAUGUUGUUGGUGUGGAUUGGUUCUUCUAGCUUGGUGGUCACCACCAAAGUGUGAUCCAAGGGCUAUCGGUUUAAUUAAAGCAGAUGACCAAUUACUUCCAGCUUUCGUAAUGGAAGCUGCUGGUCACUUGCAUGGUAUACCUGGUCUCUUCAUUGCUGGAAUUUUUGGGGCUGCUCUUAGUUCUCUAUCGGUAGGAUUUAAUUCUACUUCUGUAGUACUUUUAGAAGACUUCGUGAAGAGUUGUUUCGGUUUAGAACCGAGCGAACGUUGUUCAACGAUAUUGGUUAAAAGUAUCGUUAUCAUCCUUGGUCUAAUCGCAUUAUCUUUUAUUUUCUUCAUCGAAACAUUGGGUGGCAUUUUAGUGGUUACCAACAGUUUAAGCGCAAUUGCAGCAGGAAUUUCCUUUGGGGUCUUUACACUUGGUAUGCUUUUCCCGUGGACCAAUUCUCAGGGUGCCUUCGUAGGUGCUGUUGUAGGAUUUUUAAUAGCUGGUUGGGCAUGCUUGGGAGCAAACAUAUCAAUUAGUUCUGGUGACAUAGUACCAAAAAAGCUUCCAGUACCAUUGACUCAGUGUCCACGAAAUAUAAGUCAAGCUUUUUUAAAUCAAUUUGAAUACAACGACGAAGAAGAUGUAUUCGCUCUUUACCGAUUAUCCUAUCAUUGGUUUUCUGGACUUGGUACCAUAAUAGUAAUCGUAAUUGGAGGAAUAGUUAGUUGGUUUACUGGACCAAAGGAUCCUUCUUAUGUAGAUAGAAAAUUACUGUCUCCGGUUAUACAUAGGUGGUUACCUUAUCCAAAAUAUCAGAAUGAGGAAUGGUACCAAAAUACAAUUGAACCUCAAGCUUCGGUAAACCUUUUAUUAAAAAAUGUACCGACAAAAUUCAGACACAAUAAUACAUCCGAAAAGAAGGAGAAUCAUUAUGACGUAGCAGUUCCUUGACUAUAUCCAAAUGCUAUAAAAAACAAAAGUUUAGAAAAUAUUACACGUGUUGCUUUCAUAAUUAUGUAGUACUUAAAAUGCAAAACUCGUGUUAUCAAUUGCAGCUGAUAAAACUUUAGAAUUAUAGUAUAUUGGAUGUAUAAUGAUUUAUACAAAAAGAACGAAGUGUAAAACGAA